ACUCGAUAAACACCCGAGCGUGGAAUUCCGAAAUUGUUUGGACCGGAGUUUUUCCGGGCGUAAAAUCGCAAAUUCCCGGAGAAGUGCAUCGAGGAGCGCAUAUCGCUCCUAACCACAGCCACUCCAAGCUCGAAGGCUCGCCAGUCGCGCAUUCACAUUUUGAACGUUUGUGGAUUUGUGUGCGAUGUUGGUGGAAACCGACGCCGAUUCCGGGCCCCCGGAGCGGCCCGCCGGAGUCCUGGACUCCCCCAUUCUGGCGCGAGUCGAAAGGGUGCUGCUCCGGCACGAGGAGGGCCUGGAAAGGGACAGGAGGUACUUCCCAAGGCCCGAGUACACGCAGUCUCUUCUUUCUUCGAGCUUCGGAAAGGAGUCGACUGCCACGGUCAAGCGGGGGCUGCUGUGGCAGCAGCGCAAGAAACUCUUCAGCCGCUGGAAGGAGCGCUACUUCAUCUUAACGCGCGAUUAUUUGUACUGUUUUCAAAGAGCUUCCGGAGCUGAUAGGAUAUCGGAAAUGGGGCAGUUUCUCUUCAAAGUCAAGCUGGUUGACAUUGAACGAGUCGAAUGGGAAAACAAGAAGACGUAUAGCAUCGUGGCUUUGGUGCUGGGAAGGGACGGGAAAAUUUUCCUGAGGACGCCUGACGGAUUAGAAGACUGGUUUGAGCUGAUUGAAGAGUGCAUGCUGAUGAGCAAGGAGAGGCGGAAAGCACUGAGACACUCACACGAUGGAAAACCGAGAGAUAAUAACAACAUCACAGGGUCGUUGGGAGAAUGGAUGCUUCCUCAUCACAAACUACCUUUGAGGCAAUUACCCACUGACAGCGUAAGACAGGACGUGAUAAGAAGACGGGAGUGGACUCCUAGUGAAAAGGAUUGGGAGCAUCCUACCCUCGAUAACAGACUGUCUCUUUUAACUGACAUCGACAUUAACACCUACGACGAUAGCACCCUGGAAGCCCCGUCAAUAACUUCUUAUCGAAUGAAUCAGGAUGUUCUGUGCAUCCAACCUCCGUCCCUUAGAGGCAUGGGCUCUUUUCGUUCAACUAGAGAGACUUCGAAUUUCUCGAAACGGAAUGUUCCUAAUAUCCAAGACAUACCAUUUAUAAAAUUUAGAGAACGUUCGUAUAGCGACAUUCAAAGAGAGGAUCGAAGAGUGUGGCGAGGUUUGCCCAAUGAUAACCGCAAGUUACAUUAGUCAUUCAAGGGUGUUACGCUAGUCAUUUUCAAGUCUUUGGCAUCGAAAUUGCCAUUACGUUAUAAUGAAUAUUACACAAUGUCUUGAUCAUAGUAAUAACUCACACAACUAUUUAGGUUUUUGACAUUAUAGAUAUUAGUCAUACGUAUAUGGAACAGUUAUCGAAAUAUUUAAUUUUUGUGUACCAUUUGUCUUGUAACGUUUGAUUUAAUCUGUUUAAGCAUAUAGUCGUUAAUUAUAUUGUUUUGCAAACCAAAGAAUGCUUCGUUUGUUUAUGAUAUGAGCUGUUUAUAGUAUUUAUUGUUAACUUUUCGUAUUUAGACACGCCUAGAGACAAUCGUGAGAUAUAUUGUUUAGAGUUAGAUGUUACAUUUUUCAAAGGAUAAUUGUAUAAUUGUUUGAAAUAAAUUUUGAAAGCCGAUUCGAUUAAA